UGUUGUUGUGGUGGUAGGUGAGAUAAUAAUGGCGGCAGCUGGAGGCGGAUUACCAGCCUCGGCUGCCAUUGUGAGCGCGAGUCCGUGGGCUGUAGCGCGCUGUCGCUUUCCGGGGCGGCCAUGGACACCUCGCAGUCGGCUGAAGACGGGGAAGCGGUUGAAAGUCGGGCGUUUGGGGCUGGAGGCGGCGCGGGUUGGUUGUGAAGAGGAGAGGCCCGGUGAUGUUGAAGUCACACUGAGAGAGGAUCCGACAUUACUGCAGUUACUGAAGCUCGGCCAGAAGCUCGCGCACCGGAGAGAGGCGGGUUUCUGCACCAGUGAUGAGGAAGAAGAAUUCACAGGCUUCCAGGUCGCUGGCCGACGACCUUCACGCUCUGGACAAGGCAUUUCACAGAGAACUCCUCUUAAAUCUCUACCAUCACCUGAAACAUUGCUUCUGGGUUCUGAUUCACCUGCUCCAAGAAAAGGCUCGAAGGCAGCAGCAGAAACAGAGAAGACAUCUCGCUCAGAGAAGAUUAAGAGGAGAGGUGGAGAAGGUCUCAGAACUCGUCGAAAUGUCGCGAGGCCCAAACUGGUUGUUAAACUGGCUUGCAAAACCGUGCCCAGUAAAAAUCUGUCAAGCAGGCCUCAAGUGGAAAAGACUUUGGGUCUGAAGCCUUCUAGGAAAAAUCGAGAUAAGCGUGAAAGUGUAGAAGAUGUGGAAGAUCAGUUAUUGGCUGAGCCUGGCUAUGAAGAUGUGACAGCAGAAACUGAAAUGGAGAAAUCAAGCAGGAUGCCAAGGAGUCGAAAGCGACAGAAGAAAUUAGUUUGGAAUUUAACUCUGAUUAAAAGGAAAGCUCUUUCUGUGUCUUUAAAGCACGCCAACAGACAGAACAUUUCUGAUGUGAAGAGUUCCUCUCCAGAGGUGGCGACUGACAUACAGCCACAGGAUUUAGUUUCUACUGAUGGAAUUGAUGACACUCAGUCUCUUACCCAUGCUUCCCACAAAUUAGGGCGGCGCAAGACAGUAUUUGGCAAUCGUAGGAAGCCCUGGCGAAAAAUAAGUGAAACUCAAGAGCCGGCUGAGGUUAAGCCUCCUAGAAAAAGACGGCGGCUUGUCAAGUACAUCUAUGAAGAUUUGGAAUUGCCACUAAGCCAGGAGCAGCGAACGGAUGAAUCCACUCGGAUGGAGAAUGCAGCCCAUGGUUCUGUGGUCAGUGCUCGCCCGUCCAGGGUGAUCAAGGUCCCUAAAAGGUUUAUGGAUGACGAAGAACUCUCCGGACUGCCGACGAAGAAGCCCGUCCAGACAGAAAUCCAGGACGAUGAGUCUUGCGAAUCUGCGAAAACGGAUGUGUCCCAAGUCCAGAAACUUGGAAGCAAGCGGAAGAGCGGCAAACGGCAGAACCUUGGUGACGACGAGGAUACUUUUGUUGAGAAGUCUGAAGGAGGGAAAUCCAGUGGGUUCUCCGGUGCCCGAAAGAAAGCAGUCAGGCCAGGUUAUGAUUCCAGCCAUCUUAAAAUCUACGAGAAGCUGAAGAAGCUCACGGCAAGUCUGGCUCGGCGGAAGGAGCAACGAAUGGCAAGCAGACAGUCCAGCGGUAUUUGUGAGAAGCCCGAUGAGGCCACGCAGGGCGCUUCCACGUGUUCCACCGAGUUGGCAAGCUUGAAGACAUCUGAUAUAAAGAUAGGGGAUCUAGACUGUCCAGGAGUUGUAUGCAAAUUAGCCAUUCAUGGGGAACAUAAAGGCAGACAAUCAGCACUUUGCUAUGCUGGUAAAACCAAAGCACUUGCAGAGAGCAGCCCAACCAACAAUGAGCAGCUAACCAGUGAUGCAAGUACUUCUCAGGUGGUGGUGGCCCCAGGAGGUUCAGUUUAUAAAAUCAACCUGUCUGGAGCCAAUAAAAAGAUGCUUCACCUAUUAAAGAGAGCCAAGGUGCAGCUGAUUAAAAUCGACCAGCAGAAACAGAUGAAGACAGCUCAGCUGAUGUCUGACAAAGCUGGAGCUGAAAAUGCUACCAGCAUGAGCAUAACCGGAAGGAGAAGAAGAAAAGUAGUGAGGACAGACGAUGAAGAGGUUCCUCAGGGGCAUCUGGUUGGGGGUCCACGCAUAAAACACGUGUGUCGGGCGGCAGCUGUGGCACUGGGGCAGCCUCGUGCUAUGAUACCUGAUGAUAUUCCCAGACUCAGUGCUUUGCCUUUGCAUGAGAGAGAGGGCAUUUCACCUUUACCUGAUACAGAAGAUCAAGGUUCCCACUCUGAACCUGAGAGCACUGGCUCCGCCGAGCCAAGGCCAGGGUACAGGCGGAGGUUUUUCAGAGUUGGACAGAACCGCUGUUUACAAUGCAAGGGCUGCUUGAGGAUAGAAGACUGUGAGACAUGUGUCUUCUGUCUGGAUAAACCGAAAUUUGGUGGACCCAACAAGAAACGCCAGAGCUGCAUAUAUAAAAAGUGCGAGAGGAUGCAAGAAAGCAAAAUGAAACGAUUGAAAGUUCAGAUGAAGCGACGCGCAGAUGCGUACGGAGGCGCAGAGGAAGCGGGAGAGGUAGACGGCACACUAGACUGCUCGAGCCCGGUGGAACUUUCUAAUGCAAGUCCUAGCAGGAGGCCUAGACGUCAGGUCCCACGACGAUGCUUCAGUGACCUGUUAGAUUCAGAGUCUACUGAUACGGCAGCAUCCGAUACAGAGACGGAGAAAGAACAAAUCAGCAGUGUUCCAGUUACUCAGACUAACGAUACUAUUGCACCCUCUGAUACUCAAGUCGAUGUAUUAAAACCACGAAAGCCUGGUUUGCCAAGAGGACCUUGGGGUAGACGAAAAAUUGACAAGAGCUCAGUGGAGCACACCGCGCGCAGCGUCCUGCCCACACUGAAUAAUGGCUUUGUUCAACGCCUGGCACAAGAGGCAGCACACAAAAUCCGGGUAGACUUCAAGGAGGACUGCCACAUUCAAAACGUGUGGGCAAUGGGGGGGCUGAGUGUCCUCACUUCAGCUCCCAUAACACCGGAAUGUGUGUGUCUGCUCUGUGCCAGUAAAGGCCAUCAUGAUAUGAUCUUCUGUCAGAUGUGCUGCGAGCCCUUCCAUCGCUUCUGCCUUCCAGCAGAUGACCGGCCGCAGAAGGAAAACAGGCAGAACUGGUGCUGUAGGCGCUGCAAAUUCUGCCGUGUCUGCGGACGUAAGAGCAAACCAGGAAAGCCUGUUUUACAGUGCAAAAAGUGCUUUUAUUGCUACCACCCAUCUUGUCUUGGACCUACAUAUCCCAAGCCAGACAAGUGCAAUACUUCCUGGACAUGUAUGUUAUGUAUACGAUGCAAGAGCUGUGGGGUGACACCUGGGAAAUCCUGGGAGCUUAAUUGGAAUCAUGAGCUUAGUCUUUGCUGUGUCUGCAGUGACCAUUAUAAGCAAGGUAACUUUUGCACAGUGUGUCUGAAGUGCUACAGUGAGCAUGAAUUCGACAGAAAGAUGAUGCAGUGUGCUCGCUGCGCCCACUGGGUACAUCCCAAGUGUGAAGGACUCACAGAUGACAUGCAUGAGAUCCUAAGCAGGUUGCGUGGGAAAAGUCUGGUGUUCUCCUGUGCAGCCUGCAGUGAGCACUUCCCGAGCGGGUGGCAAGAAGUGGUCCAGAGUGUACUGCAGAGUGGCCUAGAGAAGGUCAUGAAUAGCCUGAGGAUCUCUCCAACCACCCGUCAUCUUCAGAUCUGUUCACAGUGCAAGGCCUCUCCUGAUUCUGAGAUUAUAAAGGAAAGGAAUGUGGUGUGUGAUCUUCAUUCUGUGGUGAGGAAGCUUCAAGAAGGCCUGUACACUUCAUUGAAAGCAUUUCAUGAGGAUGUAGUGGUAGUAAUGACAAGGAAGCUACAACAAGAAAAAUCGCUUCCAGAAGAAAAAAGGCCCACCGCCCAAGCGAAGGCUUUCUACAUUAAGUUACUGGAGCAAACUUUUAGUUGGUUCAACAGUCGGGACCCUAAAACAUGGAUGCCGGUUACAAAAGAAUUCCCAAGUUGUAUGAUCCCAGGUGCUAUAAUUCCACCCUCUAAAGAACACAGUUAUGCCCAGUGGUUGAAGAAACAUGACCGUACCACUAAAACGACAAAUAAGAAUCAAGAAAACAUUCAUUUAAAAGCACAAGCUGCAGAUACACUGAAUGUCAACCAAUCUGCAUUAGAUGCAAGACAUUGCUCACUUUGUCAGCAACAGGGUGAAGCCAAGCCCAGCGAGGCGGGCAGGCUGCUAUACUUGGGGCAGAAUGAGUGGGCUCAUAUAAACUGCUGCAUCUGGUCAGCUGAAGUGCAGGAGGUUAAAGGGGCGUUGCUGAAUGUCUACAGUGCUGUAGCCAGGGGGCGGUUCUUGCGUUGUGAGAGGUGUAACCAGACAGGAGCUACAGUGGGCUGCUGUCUUGCUUCUUGUCACAGUAAUUACCACUUCAUGUGUGCACGUGCCAGCCACUGUGUCUUUCAGAUCGAUAAGAAGGUAUACUGUCAUAAACAUCGAGAUCUCAUCAACAACAAGAUGGUGAACGGGUUUGAGGUUCUACGACGAGUCUAUGUCGAUUUUGAUGGUAUUAACCUUCGAAGGAAGUUCCUCACUGGCUUGGAACCAGAGUGUAUUAACGUCGUGAUUGGCUCAUUGCAUAUUCAGAAGCUCGGUGUGCUGACUGAGCUAUCUGCAAAUGCUGGAAAAUUGUAUCCUGUUGGUUACCAAUGCACUCGGUGGUACUGGAGCACAGUGGAUCCUCGAAAACGAUGCAAGUACACCUGUAAAGUGAUGGAUGUGCGACAUGCAUACCAUAGGAGAAAUCCAAAUCUUGGACAAAAUGAGAAGAACUGCACCAUAGCGCACAGUCCAAAACCACAGAAAGAUGUGGACUUGGACACUGAUGUUGCUAUCCAAUUAACUCCCACAACCCCGUCUCCUAACUCAAAAAUGCACUCAGGAACAGAAUCUAAAACCCCAAUGCACCAUCACAACCGGAGACCAGCUGGUGGAACUUUCAGACCGUUGCCCUCACCAGGUUCUGCUGUUUCUAGUUCUCAUCACAUCCUGACCAUCAGUGAUCUUGAUGACACGCGCCGGUCGAGAAGGCUUUUCUCACGCAGCCGAAAUGCAUCUCCUCCUCAUUCCCCCUUAAGUCCGAUGAAAAUUGGCUCACGAGGUGGGCUUCACCCCAGAUCGCUUUCUGGAAGCUCUCCCGUGUCUCCAGUUAGCGCUCGCGAGAGCCCUAUAAGCCCCCAUUCACCUCGCCGCAGGGGCCGCCCUCCUUCCUCCCCUUCCAGUGCUACUUCGGCGUACUCUCCUAGGCAAGGCGUGGUCGGAAGCCCCCCUUCGACUGCUGUUUUGUCGCCAUGCCACUCCCCAAGAAAUCUGCAACAUUUCAAGGCGACCCCACCUGAAUCUGCAGAGGUCCCUCGAGAUUUCUCGGCCGAAAUUCCAGAGCUGGGUAUCUCCAUGACUGCAGUCCUCGAAGAUGGAGUCGCAGAUCAAGACUUGCUCUGUACGCACUUCGAUGCCGACACGGAAGUGGCAGUCGCGUCUGUGUUGAACGAGAAGCUGGAGUUCGACGAGGCCUUGCUGAACGAUGACGUGACUCUGCACUGCGGCUUAUACGGCAGCACGGGAGAAGUGCAGGACCUUGCUAAGGAAGUCCAUACGGAAGGUCUGACCGAGGUCGACUCGGCUGACGAGGACUCCGCGCGCUACUUUAACUUCUCUCGUACGGUCGUGGUCUGUGAUUCUGCCAAGGACUCCGCACAACCUGGGGUGUCCACCCCUCCUACCUCAAAGUCCAUCUCUCAGCUGGACGGGGCUGAUAACGAUUCUGAAAGUGACACGGGUGAAGCUAAUGGAGAGGUCAGCUAUCAUGGUCAGGAUAAAAAGCCAUCAAACAGCAACGGCGGUGAAGAAAGCCAGGAAUUUCACGAAUCACUGUCUUUGCAAGAGAGUGUGGAUAUGCUUGUUGACUGUAUUACAGAAGUAUCAACACACCAAGAAGGUGCUUCUGCUGGAGAUUUAAUAGGGCAGGAUGUGCCGUUCUCAUCUACGGUCGACGUGCCUGAUGUGCCGUCCACUUCCCCUGUCUUUUACACAAGCAGUGAAUUUGUUGCAGGUCACCAGGACAUCAUAGCAGACAGCAAACCAGUAGCUGAGUUAAACGAGUUGUGGUUGGAUCCUGUCAGCGGUAAUUUUAUCUCUCCUCAUGAUGGCAGCCUAAUACAAAUAAGUGACACCCCCACUUCAGUCCCAGUCCCAGUAAAGAUCGACGUGAAACCACCAGAGGCAAAGAUCUUACCCAGACCCCCUGGAGGAAAGCUGCGAAUCAUUGCUUCACGUCCGCCUGUGCAUAGAAAUAUAAUAAUCCCCCAGCACAGACUGCUCAAAGUGGCUGUACCCGCUGGCAUGUCACUGCCACUAUCUUUGCCUGUUAACGUUCUUCCCGCUUCUCCCGGUCUUCCACAAAAAAACCACGUCACUUCAUCUCCAGUCGUUAUUAACGGUCUGGAUUCUCAUCCCAAGACCGCCACAAAGGGCAGAGCCAUCGCCAUCCGCAUCCCUUCUACGACCAAACCAAGUCUGACCGGUGCAUCGUCCAGUCCGCAAGUCCUACUCAUCAACCGCUCUGGGCAAAUUUUAAUAAAAGACCCACAGACCAACACUUACCAGAUUCCUAAUGCUAAUUCACAGCCUUACAACCAGAUUAGCCAGAUUGCUAAAGUCAUUCACAGUCAGAACCUCGUCCAGAGGAUCAUGUUGAGCCCGGUGCCUCAAGCCAGCCCCAGCCAAAGUCCCACAACACGCAUAGUGUCAUACAUCAAUGGAUCCGUGCCCCCCACUAAAGUUUUGUUAAAGACGGUACCCCAGCAAUCUUCAGAAGUUCAAAUGAGCAUCGCAAAUCCAAAUAAAGAAAGAACCAGUGACGUAAAGCUCAAGAACGUAUCUGUGCCAGUAUCACCAGUAUUUGGAAGAAGCCAGGAAGAUAAGGCGCAGUCUAUUCUUGAGAGAGCCAUGGCAACUCACCGAGACGUAGCCAGCCCUACUGCGAUAAAGCCACACCAAUUCCAGCUCCACCAGUACCUUGAGAAGUUCCACCAGUCUCCAGAAUUAAAGAUCCAGCACAAGCCUACCAUUCUGUCCCAUUCAAAGCCUCAGGUCAGAGUCAAGAGGGUGUCCUCGGCAUCGGACCGAAUUAGUAUCGGUCAGUGCAACACAAUCACCGAACCAACAGUUCCCAGCUCCCAGGAUGAGCUAAACAGAUUGAAUAAAGUCCGGAUUAAGGCCCCAACAAUGAAGGAUGUGCUGGACUUGGAUAGACCACAAGCUGAAAAUCCUGGGCAACCAAAGAUUAAAGAAGCCAAAGAAUCUGAAAGCAAAAGAAUUACUUCAGAGGAAUCUGAACCCAGUGAUCCACCGCAAACAGAAAAAGACAAACAUGACAAUACUCAUGACUGGGUCAGCUCCAGAAAUAGUGACCUCUCUGACUGGGGCCCCUGUGCAGGUUGGAGUUCAGACGAGGACGGCCCAUCGCCCGAAAAGGAAGGAGAUGGCUGUGUCAGUCAGGGUCAGCCUCACCUUCUCUUCAAAAUCACCAGUGACGAUGGCUUCAGCGUGGAGGCUGACAGCAUAGAAGUGGCUUGGAAGGCCGUGGUGGACGGAGUUCAAGAGGCACGGAUAGGCCAUAGGCUCGAGCAGCUGCCACUGGGCAGGAUAAGUGGAGCCAGGGUACUGGGGGUUGUUCAUGAUGCCGUGCUGUUUCUGCUGGAGCAGCUGCAGGGGGCAGGCCAGUGCCACAGUUACAACUUCCGCUUCCACCAGCAGGAGAAUGCUGAAGAAGAGCUACCAAUAAACCCAAGUGGUUGUGCUCGGGCUGAAGUCUAUACAAGGAAUGCUACAUUUGACAUGUUUAACUUCUUGGCCUCCCAACAUCGGCAACUUCCAGAAAGCAGGCCGUGUGAUGACGACGAGGAUGAGGUCAAGCUCAAAUCCAGCAGACGUGCGACCAGUAUGGAGCUGCCAAUGGCAAUGCGCUUCCGACACCUCGAGAAAACAUCUAAAGAGGCUGUUGGAGUUUACAGGUCGGAAAUUCACGGACGUGGUCUCUUCUGUAAGAGAAACAUAGAAGCUGGAGAGAUGGUGAUCGAGUACGCCGGUAUUGUCAUUCGUUCGAUUCUGACUGACAAGCGGGAAAAUUACUACAGCAGCAAGGGUAUCGGCUGCUACAUGUUCCGCAUCGAUGACUUCGACGUAGUGGAUGCCACUACGCACGGCAACGCUGCCCGUUUUAUUAACCACUCAUGCGAGCCCAACUGUUACUCCCGGGUGAUUAACGUGGAAGGCCAGAAGCACAUCGUCAUAUUCGCUCUGAGGAAGAUCUACCGUGGGGAGGAGCUCACCUACGAUUAUAAGUUCCCCAUCGAAGAUGCCAACAGCAAGCUACACUGUAACUGCGGCGCUAGGCGCUGUAGACGCUUCUUGAACUAGGGGAACUCGCUAUUUCUCUGGCGAACGGACAUCUGAUUUGACCAUUUUAGCACCCAUGGGAAAGCUGGAAUAUUAGGGAUGGAGGGACAGAAACUUGGUGUGAAUUUAAGCACCAGGAUUCUUGAUAGAUUCAUAGAUUGUCAAUCAGUGCUCCGAGUCAGAGAGCAAUACCACAACUAAUACAUUCACUGAGGCUUUUGAGUAAAGCAAACAAAAAAACCAAGAGAUUUUAGAUCUCUUUUUGCUACUGAUUUGAAAGAUCUCCACAGCUGGAGCAUCUUUCUUUUUGCACCUUAUUGGGGCUCUGAAUUUUACCGCAGAUGAGUGGGAGUAUUAGAAACUGCUACUGGGACUGUUUUUCUGUGAACCAAUAGUUUAGUAAGCAUUUUAAUGAAGGUCAUAAUUUUACUGCUUUUAUAACUUCCAAACCUUUUGCUUUCUUAUUUUCACCACUGUACAGGAACGAUUUAUUCACCUAUUCACCUAAAUACCCCUCAGCCUGAUACUUGUACAGGUUUUUAUUAAAUAACACCGUUCAUGUACAGGAAUUACAGACAGAUCUAUCUGAGAUUUGGCUGUAUAUGAGAGGAAGGUGUUAAGUUGAGUGGUCUUGAUCUGCUUUGGGACAGAUUUAUAUUUUUUAAUGAUAUAAAUGCCAUGUUUUAUAGGAUUUCUAUUGUGCUUUAGAAAAUUAACCCUUCCAACUAUAAGCAGUUCAUUCUUUUCUGUUACAACCCUAAUUAAGGGAUUUAAGGGAUCAAAAACCUAACCUAACCUAACCUUAAGAAAAACCAUCUUCCUAUAGCUACAUGGAUGGCUUUACAGGUCUACUACCUCAGUAGCUAAAGACCAGUAAUAGCUUGUAGAAUAGAGUGAACAGGAACUUCGCAGUUCUGUGCUAGCUUUAAACGUAUAAGCCAUGUUUCUGCUAGCAGUAGGCUUCACUUUUUGUCGUUUGUUUAUUUGUGUAAAUUUUUUUUAAAUGACGUGCGAGGAUCGAGUCCCCUUAUUUAGCAUGAGGACUUCUCUUCUGUGUCGUUUAGCACAAUAGCAAUUUUGUAUAUAGUUGUACAAAAUAUUCAAAUGUGUUAAUUUUCUAUGCACUUUUUUAUUUAUAAUGUUCUAAACCUAAUAAAGAAACUAAAUGUUUGAACAAAA